AUGGGCGUCGACACGGAAAAGAACGAUAGUGAUCACCUCGAGCAUCCCCACGAGGCUCAGGCACAACUCGCCAAUUUGGGUAACCAAGAAGAGCACGAGCUUGGCAAGUGGGAAUCUUUGAGGAAAUACCCGAAGGCGUCUUUCUGGUGUGUCUACGCUGUGUGGUGUGUCUUGGUCUUGAGUUUCGAGAACCAGGCAGGCGGCAGCAUCUUGAGUAUCCCGGAAUUCCGCAAAGACUUUGGCCACUUCUACAACGGAGACUAUGUUCUGGACACAAAGUGGCAAUCUGCCUUCAAUGGUGCUCCAGUUGCCUCCGCUGUCGUCGGUGCCUUGGGUAGCGGUAACCUUGCCGACUGGCUAGGACGAAAGACUUCCAUCAUGAUUUGCUUGGCAGUCUCCUUUGUUGGAAUUACAUUGGAGUUUGUCGCAACUACCAACGAGGUCUUUUUCGCCGGCAAAUUUGUCAACGGCUUUCCCAUCGGAGCUCUUGCCUCAAUCACAGUCACCUACAUUGGAGAGAUUACUCCUCUUGCCCUCCGUGGUCUCUUUACCUGUCUUACAGGUCUGUCGUACACACUCGGACCCCUCGUCGCCGCCCUCAUCAUCAACGAGACCGGAACCUACAACAAUCGCUGGGCCUACCGAGCCGUUUUCUGCGCUCAAUACGGGUUUGCGGCCAUCGCUGCCGUCCUUAUUUGGUUCAUGCCCGAAAGUCCUUGGUACUUGGCAAUCAAGGGCAAAGACGACCAAGCCCUCAAGAGUCUAACUAAACUCGGACACCCUGGUGACGAAGGCAGAGUCCGGCUUGCAGUGAUCCACCAGACGUUGGACCAGGUCAAGAGCGAAACUGCCGGUGCUAGCUAUCUGGAAUGCUUCCGCAAGUCCAACCUCCGCCGUACGAUUAUUUCCGUCUCCCCGCUCUGCAUCCAGUCCCUUUCCGGCAUCACUUUCGCGGCGUCAUAUUCGACCUACUACAUGCAACUUGCCGGAUACAGCACCGCAGAGAGCUUCAAGCUUCAGAUUGUUCAGCAAGUCAUUUCAUUGAUCGGUAACGUCAUGUCUUGGUACCUGGUUGAUCGAGUUGGACGUCGCAGUCUGACUGUCUACGGCCUUGCCGUAUUGACCGUCAUUCUGCUCGUCACCGGCGGCCUUGCGCUUCCGGGAACUCUCGCUACCAACAAGGGUACUGUCGCACUUAUUCUCCUUUACUGCUGGUGGUACAACGUUACCAUUGGCGCCACGGCAUACACCAUUCUUGCUGAGGUCUCAACCUCCCGUCUCCGUAUCAAGACCAUCGCUAUUGGUCUGGCCCUCCAGAAGGCUCUGGAGACCAUGUGGAACUUUGUUCUGCCCUACCUCUUCAACCCUGAUCAGUUGAACCUCGGAGCUAAGCUGGCUUUCAUCUUUGGCGGCUUGGCUGUCAUUUCACUGGUGCAUCUGUGGUUCAACCUCCCAGAAACCGCUGGAAGAACUUACGAGGAGCUCGAUGAAAUGUUCAUGAAGGAAGUUCCUUCGCGCAGCUUUAAGAAAUACGUCCCAGAGGCUACUGUCAGGGGCCAAGCUGUGAAGACAGCUUUGGAUAAGGAGCAAGACUUGUAA